AUGCAGCUAAGAUAUCCAGCGUCCAUUCAGGCUGUUGUCGAUAACACUCCGACUUCGGUCGCAGAGCUAAUUUCCCAGAUUGAUCUUGAACUAGAGCAGGUGGCAGACCAGGAGGCUAUCACCGAGUUUGAACGGACGAGUGCCAUAUGGGCUCAACACCAGGCGCCUCUGAAUGUAGCCAAAGUUAGUAGUUGGUCCAUCCCUAUCAAGUGGAACGGCAGAAAUUUGCUCGACACCGCACGUCAUACUAUCCAAUCUGGCAAGUUUCCCCCGACGGAAUACCCCAUCCCAGAACACUCGAUAUACUUCGCACAACUCGCCUUGCACGUCUUCGUUUACUGUCUCUCAGAGUUCCAACAACUGCACGGGGCCACCGAUACCCCUAACCUCCUCCCCCACCCCAGCCGUUGGUCAACAAUCUUCCCAGCCUACCCAACCCUCGAGACCUACCAAGACCGCCUCCUCAAAGGUCCUUCGGAUCUCUUGGUCAAAUCAUACUACCUGAGUGAAGAUAACAACCCCGGAAUCACCUCGUUGUUCACUCUCCCAUUCCUUGCGAUCCUUCAAGAACGGAGGAACGACCCGUUGUUUGUCCUAGCAGUCCACAUGGAGGUGUUGUCUUGCGCCCGAUAUACGCCUAUGCAUAUUCCGAGGUGGGUUUGGGAUGGUAAGGUGUCUAAAGAGGAUAUGGACGAGUUUCUCGCACGCUCGGCAGUGAGGGAGUGGUUUGAUAGUCAGCCUGUAGCAGUGAGGGAGGAAUGUGAGAGGCUUAUAGGGGCUGAAAAAUUCGUCGCGAGAGAGGAGAGGUUGAGAAACGUGAGGCUUGAUCGGAAGCUUGGUCUGAAACUUUGGGCUAGAGAAUCAUACUGCGUGAGAGCGGGGUAG